AUGAGUAGCAAAAUAAGAGCUGUGGCUGAGGAACAUGAGAGGCUGAGUAUGACAAACAAUUAUCAAAAGAUGGAUGCCUCGGCUGUCAACCAAGUUGAUCGGGCUCAACUGGGGAUUGAGCCCGGGACCUCCUCUAGACGAUCGAGAUGUUUACACACCAACCCAUGGUUAGAAAAAGUUCAAUGGGAACCGAGUUAA